AUGGUUCGGAAUAUUGUCGUUAUUGGGGGCACCUCCCACCCCCAGUUGACCCAGACGAUCUGCAACGUCCUGGGUAUCCCCCCAGCGGACGUAUUACUUUCCAAGUUCGCGGUGGGGGAAACUCGGGUUGAGAUCAAAGAGUCUGUCCGUGAGAAAGACGUCUAUAUCAUUCAAUCUGGCGGGUUGAAGGUGAACGACUCCCUCAUGGAACUGCUCAUCACCAUUUCUGCCUGUAAGACUGCCUCUGCCAAGAGAGUCACUGCCGUCCUCCCAUUGUUCCCAUACUCUCGCCAAAGUGAUAUUCCAUACAACAAAGCUGGGGCGCCUCUUGUCAAAUCAUCUAAUGUUGGAAAGCCGGGUAAUGGCUACACUUUCGAGAGCACCCCACCAACCCCGCACCCUGGAAAGCCGGAGAGUGGAAGUCUUUUGAACAACGUUGAUAGCCUGCAGAAGGGUUUGGCAAAGGCGCAACUUGAUGAUUACAGCAACGGCAGCCCGGUCAAGAGACGCGUUCCUAAUGGACCUCCGCGCAGUGACACCGCUGACUCACUGAAGUCGGACAUUAGCCUUCGAUCCACUGUUGUCAAUGGGCAGGCGAAUUACGACAGUGUUCAGUCCAAGAUUAGCAGCUUUCAGCCUCGCCCUGGCUACAAGCAAUGGGUGGCUCAGGCAGGUACCCUGGUGGCGGAUCUUCUCACCUGCGCUGGUGCAGACCACAUCAUCACGAUGGAUCUGCACGACCCUCAAUACCAAGGAUUCUUCGACAUCCCUGUCGACAACUUGUACGGCAGACCGUUGCUCAAGAGCUACAUCCAACAGAACAUUCCGAACUACAAACACGCGGUCGUUGUCAGUCCUGAUGCCGGAGGUGCCAAGCGAGCGACCGCGAUUGCUGAUUCUAUGGGAAUGGAAUUUGCUCUCAUUCACAAAGAACGACGCCCAACGAAGAUUACAGACCGCCAAAAUGCUACCAUGAUGUUGGUUGGUGAUGUCAAGGAUCGGACGACAAUUCUGAUUGAUGACCUUGCCGAUACAUCCAACACCAUUACGAGAGCUGCAAAACUGUUGAAGAAGGAGGGCGCAUCCAAGGUCUAUGCCUUGGUCACGCAUGGUAUCCUGAGCGGCGACGCGAUCGACCGCAUCAACGCUAGCUCUCUCGACAAGGUCGUCGUUACCAACAGCGUCGAUCAAUCGGAGCACUUGCGCCGAUGCCCCAAACUGGAAGUUUUGGAAGUUGGCCAUGUCUUCGCAGAGGCCAUUCGCCGAGUCCACCACGGCGAGAGUAUCAGCGUACUUUUCCAAUACGACUGA